AUGGAGGACGAGCAACCCACGGGUGUGCUCUCGAUUGAGUUGUCCAGGCGUUCUGAAGCUUUGGACGAGUGCGAUAUCAGCGAAGUCAAUGUAAAUGCUCUCCAGUUUGAGAUUUCUGUUAUGGAGGAUCUGGUAAACCCCAACACCCAUCCAAAUAUGAUCCAACAGCACUUUUCUGGGAGGUCCCGUGCCAAGUCGAGCAAUCGAUCAGCGCGACGACGCCAACGGUGGCACAAGCCAUCCGCAAGUGAAAACCCUUUUACGUCCAUGGAAGCCCCGGGCGACCUGUAA